AUGUCGUUUCUGUCAUUUGUGGCUCCCGCAGAGCCCGGCGAUUCCAAAAGCAGCGUGGACAGCUCACCGAGCGACGUGAGCGUUUCCGGACACAGUUCGGUCCAGGUUUCGUCGCAAUCGUCUCCGGCUUCGGUACUCAACUUGCCGUCAAAAUUGAGCCCCAACGAGCUCGAAGAAAUGGACGGCGACGUGGAGGCUUUUAUCCGGGUUCUAGAACGUACGGAAGCUCAGCUACGUAACGCCAAAGCCUUGGAGCAGCCGGAGUUGGAGCGGCUGAUCCAAAUGGCAAAACAGACGGUCUUGCGCCUCAAUUUGAACAAAAACCUGGUAAAGUACCAAUUGAGGAGCAACAUGGAGGAGUUUGCAACGGAGCGUCAACUUCUACUCAAGAACAUCGCAAACAUCGAGAAAAACAUCCACAUAUUACAGAAUGAAAACGAAUGCAUAAACAUGAAGAACCUAAAAUUGAUCAAAAACUUGAAAACGCUCAAGAAUGACAAGGUGAAGGCACUCAAGGCGGAAAACGCGCUUCUACGCCAACAGAUCCAGGACCAGUCGACCCGCAGCCCGACGAUGUUGGAUGCACUCGGAAGACUUGCGUCGCACGUGCUAGAAGAGGGCGAGUAACGAUAACGUGCGCUAAAUAUGGUUUCCUUGGUUGUCUAUGCCCGCCAGAGGGUCCGGGCGGACGCAUGUGCGCCUGAUCAUUCCCACUCUGUCUCCUCUGGUUACACUAUGCAUUGCGGUGCACGGAUGUUAGUUUUCCAUUUUCUAUUUCUGAUUUGUAGUAGCAUCACAAAUAAAUAUUUCAGC